CUAUCAAACCAGUUUGCAAAGUACUUAUGGCAGCUUGAAAUAAUUAUACGUUGCCAGUCUUUGCAUUGAAGCUAUAGAAUAACUACCUAAUAGAAGUAGAAAGAUGAGGUUCAUUUAUUAUUUAAUGCUAUUUAUAUUUGUUUCUGUGAUUGGGACAGUGUUUGGCUCUGAAUCAUGCCGCGUCAAUGGUCGUGAAGUAAGUUGUGGUACAAGCAUCUGUACCAGUUGCUGCCGAUCUAUGCAUCAACAGGUGGACUGCAAUAGCGGAACUUGUGUAUGCAGGACUGCAUUCGAGUCUCGACGCAAACGGCGAAGGAUUUUCCAGUGAAGCGAAGUUGAUAUUAUCUCGAUUUAUGUAUCAAGUUACAAUUUGUAUAUCAAUAUAUAAUCAAUAUGCUUCUUGAUUGUAUCUAAUCUAUCUUUGAGAGUAUGCAAGUCCAUACCCAGAUACUGCAUUCUUAUACAGUAUGGAACAAUAAAAUGGAAUAAAUUCGCUAUUUCGAGUCCUGUACAAACUAGAAAACACCAAAACAGAUCGACUUUCAAUUAAAUUAACAUUCUAUUAUACACGGAGUUUCAGUUUAUUGUUGCAUAACUUUAAGAUUCGAUAGAACAUUUAAAAUUAAUGCAUAAAGUCUAUAUAAACAUGGGCCAAAAAAUGCGUGGCUUCGGAAAUACAGGGUCUUUAAAUUUACUUUCUAAAAUAGCUUUUUUUAAAUAUUUCGAACAAUAUUUGAUGUAUGACAGUGUAAAUUGGUAUACAAGGGUUUUUUGGUACGACAAAACGAACCAUGAGC